AUGUUCCACUCAUCUCUCGUCAAGUCUGUCCUCACUGCGUCCCCUCGCGCUACCAGAGUCGCGGUACGACCCGUUAUUGCUCGCAGUUACCAUGAAAAGGUGAUCUCGCACUACGAGCAGCCCAGAAAUGUUGGCUCACUGCCCAAGAACGACAAAGAUGUUGGCACAGGGCUCGUGGGCGCCCCUGCUUGCGGCGAUGUCAUGAAGCUCCAAAUCCGGGUCGACGACAACGGGAUCAUCUCAGAUGUCAAGUUCAAGACAUUCGGAUGCGGCAGUGCUAUCGCUUCCAGUUCUUACAUGACGGAGAGGGUGAUGGGAUUGUCGUUGGAGGAUGCCGAGAAGAUCAAGAACACCGAGAUCGCGAAGGAGCUCUGCUUGCCGCCCGUAAAGCUUCACUGUUCAAUGCUCGCUGAGGAUGCCAUUCGUUCGGCCAUUCGGGAUUACCGGACGAAGCGGGAGAAGUCGUCCAGUCCGAAAAAGUCCGGCUUCAUUGAUGUCUCGCAGAGCGCUGCUACAGGGGAGACAGUUGCGACUGCUCAUCCCCCUUCGCUUUGA